GCGGCCCGCACCCACACCGCCUCCCGCGGGCGGCGGCAACAAAGGCCCUUCCCCGCCCCCGCCGCCGCCUCCCGCCGCUGCAGCCGCCGCCGCCGCCGCCGCCAGCCGUCCUUGCGGCAGGAAGAUGCCCGGGGAGGUGCCGCCGCCGGCGCCCCGGGGGCUGCGGAGCCUCGCGGUGCUGCUGCUGCUGCUGCUGGGCGGCCGAGCAGCGCUGGCUCAGCGCUGGCGCAACGAGAACUACGAGAGGCCCGUGGACCUGGAGGGCUCCGGGGACGAUGACCCCUUUGGGGACGAUGAACUGGACGAUGUCUACUCGGGCUCCGGCUCGGGGUAUUUUGAGCAGGAGUCGGGGCUCGAGACAGCAGUGAGCCUCACCACGGACACGUCCGUCAUGCUCCCCACCACGGCGGCCGUGCUGCCUAUCACCUCAGUGCAGCCCGUGGCAACACCCUUUGAACCAUUCCCUGCUGAGGACACCACCCCUGAGCAGACAACCAGCAUCUUGUAUAUCCCCAGGAUGACAGAGACACCAGUGAUCCCCAGUUGGAAAGCAACCACCACCAGUACCACUGCCAGCGACUCCCCUACCACCACGACUACCACCACGACCACCACGGCCACCACCACCACCACCACCAUGGCCACCACCACCACCAGCACCACCAUGGCCACUGCCAAGCCCACCACCAUCCGGAGGUUCCUGCCCCCCCUUGUCACCAAGGCAGCCACCACCCGGGCCACGACCCUGGAGACACCCACCACCUCCAUCCUUGAAACCAGCACACCAACAGAGGUGGCCACAUCACGCCUUGUCCCCACCAGCACGGCCAAGCCCAGGUCCCUGCCAAAACCAAGCACCUCCAGGACUGCAGAUCUCACAGAAAAAAGCACUGCCUUGCCAUCCAGUCCUGCCACGCUGCCACCCACAGAAGCCCCCCAGAUGGAGCCAGGGGAGGUGAUGACAGUCCCUGACAACGAGCUGGAGGUCCCGGUCAGCAGCGGCCCCAGUGGGGACUUUGAGAUCCGGGAGGAGGAAGAAACGACUCGUCCCGAGCUCAGUAACGAGGUGAUGGCUGUGGUGACGCCGCCGUCGGGACCCGGGCUGGGCAAGAACGCAGAGCCGGGGCUGAUUGACAACACGAUAGACUCCGGUAACUCGGCCGCUCAGCUCCCUCAGAAGAACAUCCUGGAGAGGAAAGAAGUAUUGAUAGCGGUGAUCGUGGGUGGUGUGGUGGGAGCCCUCUUUGCUGCCUUCCUGGUCAUGCUGCUCAUCUACCGGAUGAAGAAGAAGGAUGAGGGCAGUUACACGCUGGAGGAGCCCAAGCAAGCCAAUGUGACGUACCAGAAGCCUGACAAGCAGGAGGAGUUUUAUGCGUAGAAGGAGAGCCCAGCGUGCCUCACGCUCCCUCCCUCCCCACUCCAAACUCUCCCUCCUCCUCUACUUCAUCCAGUCUCCCCCCCCCCCCUUUUUCUCUCUUUUUUGGAUCAGACUGUGAAUUUAAAAAGCAAAACCCACAACAGCUAAAGGAGAAAACACAUCUUCGGCAUGAUGAAAAAAUCAAGCGCCCAGAGCAUCGCCGAGUUCAAACUGAGUACCGCUGGCCUUUGUGCAGCGGGAGGGAUGGGGCAAGGAGCCAACGCCAAGGAACCUGUGCCUGGGGAGUGCCCUGGCGAGCGCAGGAUGGGGCGGUCAGGCUGCUGACAGCGGCUGGAGGUCACUGGGCUUUUCCCACCAACACAAUGGACUCUGGGAUCCGGACACCUUCUACCAGCCCUGGGGCGCAGGGGGGUUGGUUUGGAUUUAUCUUCCUUUUUUUUUCCCUUCAGAAAGGAGGGAGGUUUCUUUCCCUCUCUCUUGUUUUUAUUUUUUACUUUCUUUUUGAAUGGGGUUGGUUGCUUUGCAGGAAUUACCUUGCUCCCUGCUUCUGUUUAAAGAGAGGACACGACUCUCAAAUAUGCUUCGAACCUUGAAAAAAGCACAAGGGGCUGGAAUACCUGAUGCCCUGGGGUUUGCUCUUGGAGUGGGGAAAAAAAAUAAAUACAAACAUGGCCAGUACGCUGGAAAUUAUCUCUUUAGAUCAACUCUUUGGAGAGUUUGUGGAGCAACAAGAAGCUUCAUUGGGGUAUCUCAUGCUGCUCCCCUCCUGCCACCACCUCGCUUUACUGCAUCGCUGUGCACAGCCAGAGACCUUGAAUCUAUAGAAACCGCGUGUUGCCGGCCACUGAGGGGUUUGGUUGAGAAGGGACCUUGCAUUUGCUGGGUUUUCACUGUGACCAAUAAAACUCAGCUUGCACAGUACCACCGACAGCACUGGUUUUAAAAUGGAGUGGGACAUUGCUUGGUGGGGAGUUGGCAGGGAGAAGAGUUGGAAACGGAGAAGCUAAAUCGUCUCCCCAGUUCCUCCAGAGGGGAUAACAAAGCUCUACAAGGCGUGAGACGCAGCCUAAGAAAAGAAAUGCAAAGCAGAGGCAAUACUCUGUUCCCUCAGGGGUCGGGCAGGGGUCCCCGCUGGGCCACUCGCACCCAGCAGGUGAGGAAGGUGAGGCACAGCGGUGGCUUUCCACCGGUCAGCCCCAGGGCAGGUUGGCUGCUACAUAUCUUUUGCAAGACCCAGGAUUGAUGGCUUGUGUUUCUUUUGUUGUUGCUUAAAUUCCAGUAUAACCCACAGGGCACCCAGGAGCCUGAGAGCAAUAGAUCCUGGAAGCCAUCAUCACCCAAGUGCAGUGGUUUCCCCUCUGAUGCUACCUAAGGUGCAGAGCAGCAGGGCCUAAUCCAGAGCCCAACCGUGCCUUCUAGAAAGGCUAGAUUUUUUUGGAGCAAGCUCUCUGCACAGAAAAGUCAUUAAAUAUUUCAAUGAGUUGGCUUUUAAUUAGCUGAAGCGCUGUUUGCAAUGCAGUCAAGGAGCUUUGUUUUUGUGAUGGUUGCAAUCUCGAUGGUGUCCCAUGGAGACCUUAGCUUUCCUCUUAGAGCAACUUAAACAGGAAAACCAGAAAAAAAAUCAGUUGCUUUGACUCUGUUGCAUCGUGAAUUAACCUGCAGAGACACAGUGACACUUUGUCCCCUCAGGGUGUUAGUGGAUAUAGGGAUUUAUGACCCUGGUGGAGGCUACAAGACAGCAGCCCUUCUUUAUGUUAGGAAUUCGAGAGGCCAAACGCAUAUUUUUUUUAUAUAUAUAUAUAUAUAUAUAUACACACACACUCACAUACAUACACAGUUAUAUAUAUAUGAAAUGAAAUCCCUGUAAAUUUUCAUUGCACUGCAUAUGAUGGCUGGAUGGGACUUUGUGGUUGUGAAGAUGUGAGGUUUGGGCUAUGCUCCCUUGGGAUGUGCAGCGUGGAGGCUGCAACCCAAAAUGCCAAACUGGUUUUACUUCAGGGUAGGGAGCAGAGGCCCUGUGCCCAAGUCAGCUCUAAAAUCUCCAUUUUAGAGAUGUCAGCCUCAAAAUAGUCAUCAUAUUGGUUCUUUUAGUUUGGAGAAGAUGGUCCUGUUGGAUGUCUUGGAUGGUGAUGCUGAAAGGCAGACGGUGUAGAGAGUGUGUGUGUGUCUGUGUACACCCAUUUCUUGGGUCCAUCCUGGCUAUGGAGGAUGAGGAUGCUGCAAAGGGGGGGCCACAUGUCUGAAGAAGGCUGGUGCCAACCUGGCUCCAAGAGCCACUUUGUCCUGCUUGAAUGGGAGAGUUUCAACUCGUUUAAUGGUUUUGGGGGUUUGGGGUCCUGUUGGGACUACCCAAAGGGCCCUAGCUGUUGCGGAGUGCAGAAAUCAAGCCUUUUCAUGAUUUAAUGAGUUGGGCAUAGCAAGUGUCAAGGCCACCCAAAAUCACCAUCUUUUGGAAAAAUGUGGACUUAAUCUUUUGAGCUUGCAUUAAAAAAACCCUCCGAGCUUAAUGUUUUAAAUGCUGCUUUUCUUAGCUGCUUCCCUAAUCUUCUUCAUUCCAUUUUUUUCCCAUUUAAUAGUCUGAAGUUCUAUAAUACAAUUUUUUUAUUCACUCAAGCUUAACCUUGGUUCACUCAGCUGGUGUUAAGUUGUAAUCCCGGCACUUAAAUCCGUUACAGUUUCAGAAGUGAGGAAGGCUGGAAGUGGGAGGGCGAGAGGAGGCUGGGCAGCGCUUUCUCUUGCAGUAAUUAAAAGUACGAGACAACCACAUACAAAAAAAGGUGAAGGCAAUUAAACUGGUAAUCAGAAUUGACCAAAGUCUUAAUUCAUUGUAUGUCUGCUGCUUCCAUGUGUUUGCUGUAUUGCUCUCUGCCUGGAGAGGGGAUGUGAGCUCAAGGAGACUGUCUUUUGGGCUUGGAGCCCACCUUUUUGUGGUGAUAAAUCAUGAUGGAGACUUUCCUGUCACCUCCACUCCCCAGGAGCACCGGGUUAGUUGUUGGAAUUGAUGAUUGGAGGAAAAAAAGCCUUAUUUUGCUGGAGGAUGGCUGAUCUUGUGCCUCCCUUGUAGACUAGGGGGUGGUGGGACAGAGCUGAACAUGGGCUGUGGUUUUUUGGGAAAGCCCAGCUCCAGAAAAAUUGCAGAUACCAUCGGAUCUCUAUUACCAGAGCAGUGGGGAUGGGUAGAAACCCAGAUGAAUGAUGCUGCCAGAGUAUGUAAGGGGGCUGGGGGUGGGGGGGCUGCAGUGUAGCCAUCCCCCAGGCUGUGCAUGACACCACAUGAACGUGGUGCGUCGCGGCUCCUGGCCCCGCACCGAGCGGCGGUGCCGAGCCGGCGGCCGUGCCGAGGGCAGCCGGAGGCAGAUGGCGGGCAGCGGGGCGCAGCUGCCUCCUCCAGCAGGCACUUCUGCACGGGCGCACGUGGCUCGCCGUGCUCUGGGGCUUUUGAGGGAUUCCUGGUGUGAAGAUGGAUGGGGAAGAGGCAAGAAAGCACAGGGGGGAGGAAUGAGAGCAUCUUUUCUCAGCUGUCAAUUUGGCCACAGAGCAAGUUUUUAGGAAAAUUAACUCCAAUGGUAGCUUGAGCAUCUCCCGCAUCAUCCCUUUCCAAAGCCUGCCAGAUUUGGCAUUGUCCCUCUGCACAAAUUCAGCCCCUUCCCCAGCCUGUGCGUAUCCCUUGUAGUGCUAUCAUCCGUGAACAGCUGCAGUCUCCCAGCUGGGAUAGUGCCCAGAUGUGCUCGUCCUUCCAGCUGUGCACCCCGAGGACGUGGGCGGCCACGUGGGCAUAGAGGAGGGCUUUUCCACUUGCUUUUCUAUUUCUUUUCUGCAUGCUUGUGUGUGUGUGUGUGAUACAGUGGAGCUGAAGGAAGACCCUUCACCGUGCCAGUUCUGUAAUUUUUGGAGAGCUGCAAUUGCAAGGCGCGAAAGAUGGUGUCAGCUCCUCUCCCAGCCGUGCUGAUUUUUCAGUCUCUCUCUCUGCUGUGAUUUGCAGCUGCCGAUGCCUCGGAGGAGAAUGAUAAAGUAACCAGUGACUCCUGGGCCACAUAAAUAAGAAGGAGGCAGGAGGAGGGGGUGAAAUGGAAGGGAGGACCAGAAAAUGUGUGCGAGAGCCCAAAUGAGGGGCUUGAAGCGGGAGGAUGGGAAGGGCAGGGGAUGGAGGUGGGCCCGGCCAGCAGCAGGACCCAGCCUUGGACAUGUUUUGCAGGGGUGGGAGCGAGUUGCCCCUUUCCUCCAAAAAUCUCUUUGAUUUUGGACCUUUCAAAAAUAAGCAGCAGGACCCCGCAGUGGGGGGGAUCCUGCUGCAGGGAAGGCGAUGGCGCUGGUCUGGAUGUGUGCCGUGGUGUGCUGGUUUGCCUCUAAAUUUCCCAUUCUCUCUCCAUUUUGCCUGCUGGAUGCCAAAGAUCCAUGGCCAGGAGCUGAUUUGCUCCACACGAGCCUUGGCUCCUGCUCCCCAGACUCAUAAUUCAGAGCUAUCUGACCCCUGCCAUGAGUCACCAUCACGGAGGCUUUAACGGGAACAAAACCAUUAGCUAAAAACAAGAAUGGAUUUUUUUUAUUAUUCCCACCCCCCCCCUCACCCCCCACCCCCUUUUUAUGAUUAUAAGCGUUUCUGGGCUUGGAGGUUUUCUACAAGGCUCUGGCAGCUCCUAAAGUGACAUUGAGUUUUCAACACUGAAAGGUUUAUUAGAAUAACUGGCGUCUUACCAGGCGCCUCGCCAGCUGCUCGGCCGGGCUGGAGCCUGCGGCGACAGGGAUGGGUGUGUCGUGCGUGUAUGUAUGUAUAUAUAUGUGUAUGUAAUUAAUAUAUAUGUAUAUAUGUAUAUACGUGUGUGUGCAAAGCACACAUGCGUGCACAGGUUCAAUGUAAACUCUGCACCUAAUGAGGAGGAGGGGGGUUUAUCAGCCAGCAUCGUGUGCUGGACUCUGCAGCCCUCGGACCCUGUCCUCUGCUAUGGGCUGCAGGAUUUGGCCCCGUGCCGCUGGCUCCUUCCUUCCCUCCUGCUCUUUGCCCUGUCAUAGCAACGGCCUGAUCCCGGCCGCCUCGGCGCUGGGUCGGGGUCUGCCAGGGUUGAGGAUAAGGAGCCUUUUGCCAACUGCCGCAUCCCUGGCCGGAGCCGAAGUGGAGCCUGGGAUGCUGGUGAAGCAGCCAAAGCCCCUCUGCGGCUCCGUGUUCGCUCUGGUUUGUCCCACAUACCUUGUGCCUGCAACUCCGUGGACGUACCCACACCUAGUCUCUAUAGAGAAGUCUCAGUCUGGAGUGUACAAACUUUUUUUUUUUUCUUUUUUAUUUUUUUUGGUUUUACUAUGAUUUUUAUUUUUGGGAAAAAGUCACCCUAGGAGACGCCCGUGUGAUGCCCAGAUGUUUUUUUUCACUCCACAUUCCAGACAGCUCAUCCACCGCAUCUCCAAAGACCUCAAGGGUACCAGUGACUUUAUGUGCAUAAACUACCCCUGUUCUGGGUCCCCCUGGUCUAAGUCAUAAAAGUACAGCUGACAAUCAAACCAGACAGAACUGCUGACUUUAGAAAAAUAUAUAUCGAUUGCAGUUUGAUAGAACUACUUUUUAAAAUCACAUGCUUAUCUCUCACUAACGCUCACCACCAUGUCUCCAGGAUAAAUUGACACCCAUUGGUUCUUCUGUAAAUAAACAUGAAACAUUCUUGUAUAAAUUAAAAAAAAAAAGAAAAAAAACCAAACAAAAAAUCCAUUGAUAUACAUCCAAAAAAAUAUCCCUUUCCAGAAGAUUUAAGUAAUUAAAAGAAAAAGAAAAGCCCAACGAGUGAGCCCCACUUCACUUUUUCUUUGGAGCUGAUUUAAGUUCCCAAUAGGAGAAUGAAAAAUCUUUAACAAUAGAAGAAACUACAAGUGUUUUACCUUUCAAUGAAUAUGGGAGGGAAAAAAAAUGCAUGUAAAUAUUUUUAAUAGGAAACAUAUCUUAAACAGAACAUUUUUUUGUAUGUACAUAACUCUUCUAGAGUUUAGUACUUAAAUUGCUUCAUAGUGUCUGUUAAAAAAAAAAAUAAAAUAAAAUAAAAUGUUUGUUAAUUGUUUUUGUUCUUACUCAAUGGCCAAAACUUUAAAAAUAAUAAAAAAGACUAUAAAAAUAAUCUUUGCCAAUGAAUCUAGCACUGUAAUGGUACUGUCUAUUUUUUUUAAUUAUUUCUGUGCUGUGCCCAUUUAUAAAAGGAGGAAAAAAAAAAAUAAAGUCAUUUAAACAUUGUC